GCGGGCGGCACCUCCCUGCCUCCCUCGUGCCCCACCCCCGCCUUGUCUGCUUGUGGCCCUUACCCCACCUGCCGAGCCAAGCAACCAGCCAGCCCUUCCUUCCCCUUUCCAAUCCGGACGAGAUUUUCAACAAGGUUUAUUAUGGACUGAUGAGGACAAGUACCCGGGUACCCAGGUACUUUGAAACGGUCAGGCCCUCUUUUGCCGUGGCCCAUCCGUCCCAUCCUUCUUUCCCCGGUUGGAUCGCAGUUGGACGCAGCUACAUUGCCGAGCAGUCAGGCAGUGUUAAUGCCCCGGUUUUCUCUGUGUUGCGAAUGCGAUUUGGACAAUCUAUACCUGCCUGCUUACGUGCGCAGCCGCAAGGCCCACCCACCUUCUCCACCCACCCGUCCUUCGUUGGAAACCAGAUCUCAGGCCGACCUCCCAAGCCGAGCGACCGACCGACUCUCGAGUCUCGACCCAGUCGCCGUUGCCGUCGCCGUCGCCCGUGGCUCUUGUCACACACCACUCCAAAAAUAACAAGCCACCCUCCACCCUCCGGCAAAGCUUCCGAUUAAGCUCGGUCCGACUGCGUGCGGCCUGAGGCUUGACUCGAUUUUGAUUCGAUUCGACUCGACUCCACUCGUCAGUUGUCGUUGUCAAGGCCCAAGGCCCAAGGCCCAAGCCUCGACCUGGCAUGGCCCAGCUCAAUUGACGACUGCCCUGCUCUGCUGAUAGACCCGGCAGACAGGAUUAGACGCGUCCGUCACUCGUCUGCCACACGUGCAAGGGCCGAGGGACAGACAGUCUGCCCCGUCUCUCCCGGGGUUUUGUGCCCUCGAGGCUCGACUCGAGUUCGCCUCCACAGCCUGCACAGCCUCGUGGUCCAGUCGCUGCUCUCUGCUCACCCGUCAGUCAGACAGCCACACACAGGGUAUAGACUCCAUGACCAGCCAGGACAGAGUGUCCAAGCAACAAGCCAGGCGAACCUGCUUGUUGCCUGCCUCCGCCUGUCCUGCCUGCCCUGCCCUGGCCAGACCUCGUGUACAUCCCUGAAACUUUUCUCGAUUCGUCUUCCCCCCAUCACUUAUCCAUUGCCUCUGCCUCACCUCGGCCCUCACUUCUUCGCCCCGGACUCUCGUUAUCGGACGCACCAGAUCCACUCCCGCGUCCAAUGGAUCGCCCCAAGGCCUCAGCCGACUCCGUCACUGUCAAGCCGGAGCAGCACUCGCCUCCCAUAAAUUCCACCACCGCCACCGCCAACGCCAACACCACCGCCAACGGUAACACCUCCGCCCAGACCCCGGACCUCUCCCUCGUCACGGCCCUCUCGCCGAGCCUCCACUCUCAGAAUGGCCAGUCCAACGGGCCCCAGAGUGGCUCUCCGCUCAACGAGCAGCGCGCUUCCAAGAUAGCCGCCUGCCUGUCCUGUCGCAGGAGCAAGGUCCGCUGCGAGAAAGGCGUCGACCCGGCCCGCUGCCGGCGCUGCGCACAGACCGGCUCCGAAUGUGUCCGCCCGACCUUCAACGUCGGGAGGAGGAAAGGCGUCAAGAACAAGCGCAAGGGCCUGGAGAAGGCCCUCUACCAGGUCGAGGAGGCCAUCCGGAGGGCCGGGCCCGGCGUGCAAGGCGCCGACGCCGGCAAGGCCAUCAGCGAGCUAAAGUCCAUGAUAGCCGCUGGCCAGGGUGCUCACCUGAACGGUCCUCCCGACAACAACAAGCGCCCCCGCCUCAGCACCGCAGCCUCUAGUGAGCUUCAGGACUCAUCGUCCGAGGACGAGGAAAGCCCCAGGCCGCGCAAGGCCUCUCACCGCCGCCGUACCUCUACCUUUUCUCAUUCUCACUCUCGUUCUCAUCACCCCGUGAAGCCCGAGGAGCGUCUUGCCGUCGACGAUGCCGAGAAUCCCCUGCAGCUGUUGGCCAGGGCCUCCAACCUGCACCUCUCUCCAGUGUCCAGUCACAGCCAGUCGCCCGGGACGGCGGCCUCCCAGGCCCCGGCAAGCGUCGUUGUCGAGGAGAAUGACCCCGAGAUGAGAUACGUCGAGAGCUUCUUCGGGACAGUCCACUUCAAUGUCGACCGGGGGGAAGGCUAUGACCCAAUCGAAUUGGGUCUGGUGACGGAAGAUGAGGCCGAGAGGCUCUUUGAGUUCUUUCACAGGAACCUUUCACAUACACGCUGGGGCUUAGACCCUGUCAUCUACACCGUGCCUUGGGUGCGGACUCGUUCCUCGUUCCUUUUUACAUCAAUCAUGGCCGCCGCAUCAUUGUUUAUUGAAUCCGCUGGCGCCCUAUCCAAGCGGCUGUCUAAUCACUGCAGGUGGCUCACCAACAAGGUCAUCGAAAAACGGCACAGGUCAACAGAGAUUGUUCUUGCUUUCAUGAUCAACGUCCCUUGGAUGGGCCCAGGCGUACACAGCACCGAUGAUGAGACAUGCUGGUACGUUUCCUUGGCAACGACUAUCGCCAUCGAUCUGCAGAUGGCCAAGGUGUCAAUGCCGAUGGAGGCGUUCAAGAACGGGAGUUCUGGAGACCUGGCGCGGCAGGACUGUAUGGACCCGGAACUAGCCCUGAGGUUAGGCGGGUUCAAGAGCGUCGACCCAAACUCGGAACUUGGGCGGAGGCUUGUACGACGGAGAGAACGGUGCUGGAUUGCACUCUUUGUUCUCGAACGAGGGAUGUGUCUGGCAAGGGGCCGAUCCUCCACGCUCCCGAUGACACCGCUGAUCAGGAAGUGCGAUCGAUGGCACAUAUCGGACAUAGCAGACCCCAUGGACGGGCACUUGGUAUCCAUGGCCGUCUUACGGAGGGACCUAGAUGAUGUAUUCGCCGCGAUCAGAUCUUUAUGCGAUAGCGCCAAAAGUGGACUGACGGACGGAUCCGCCAUCGCCCAAUCGAUACAGAGCACCGUCGACAAAUUCUUUGAGCAGUGGCACCUGGAGUGGGGCAUGACCCUGGGAGGCACAGGACCCCAACACCGGCUGCCUCCUUACGUGGAGGUGCUCGUAACGCACACCCGUCUUUCCAUUUAUAGUAGUGUCAUUAACCACCCCACCGCGCCACUCGAGGUGCGCCACUUCUUCAGGACGGCCGGCCUCUCGGCAGCAUUGAACGUGAUGCGUGCUGCGGUGCAGGGUGAGGUUCAGCUAUUCUCGAUGCCCAACAACACAGCCAUAAUGGUCUCGUUCGCGGCUUGUUUCGCCCUGAAGCUGAGCACUCAGAUGUCGGGGGGGAACAGCAACAGCGUCCUGGCGCCAAGCGUGAGGACGCUGAUCGAGGAGACGGCCGACGUGAUGGAGAAGAUUGGGAACAUCACAAAGCACAGGCAGGGGAUGGGCCGGCUCUAUGGGAGGUACCUGAGGCUCCUGGUCAAGAAAGAGGCCAGCGCUGCAGAGACUGCGGGUCCGUCGCGUCACGGACACGGUACACCACGGCCCGCCGCAGCCUAUCCCGAAUCUGCUCGCCACGCAGCAGGCAGCGUGGGCUAUCCGCAUCAGUCCAACGCGCGGACGGGGUCGGCACCCAACCUGACCCAGGGCGGAUUCGCCAUCCCACAGCCGCCUUCGGCAGGGCUGACCUCGGCUUAUGACACGCCGGGCUGGUCGGCGCACCCGUCAGACCUGUUCCAGUUCUCGGCCAUGAGCGACGACCAGAUCGUGGAGGCGCUCAACAGGACAGGGGGCGAGUUCGACCCGGGCGGGUUCGCCAGCGGCAUGGGCGGGGUCGGCGCAAACGGCACGGGGUCCGGGUUCAGCUGGGAGGAUGCGACCAACUUCGACUACAUGUUGAACUGGAACAACCUUCCAGACUAUGGGCUAUAGAGUGGGACUGUAUAAAAUUGUGGUUAGUUGGUUGGUGCCUGAGAUGCGCGCCUUGGAUUCAAUUUUUUGGAUCAUUUACAUGUUCUCCAGCUAUAGGCAUCCAGAUGAGACUUGCAUGCAUACAGCACGGUGGUGUAUUAUAUUCUCACAUAAUGCAUUUGAUCUUGGACCGACCAGACCAAGCCAAUGGAUUCCAACAAGUGGGCGAAGGUUUCCUCCCACUACACUGCGCGCCACCUUGCAAACAGACAGACAGGGUCUAUAUGAACCAGAACGCCACACGGGGAAUAUGUGCAGACGGGCGUGGGAGUCGCACAUGUGCACCCAAAACAAAACAACUCGCUGAUGAGAAGAACCGGCCCAGCUCAGACCUUGAUCUCGACGGGCGGGGCCCCGACGGCCCUCCAGUUGACCAGGUCCUGCAGCUUCUCCAUGAAGACGAAGGUCAGGAUGGUGUGUGGGCUGUUGCGGAGGAGGGACGCACGUGGUUAGUCAGUCUCUGUCGUUACUAUGACGCCCCCCCCCCCCAAGAACCAAGUGGGGACAACACAUCAAAUCAAGAGGAAGGAAGCGGUCGUUGG